UUGAGCCUGAGAAUAAGUGCAAGGCAGAGGUGCUGCAGAGGAAGGAGACCCCCGUGGUGGGGAAGGGAAGAAGCUGUGAGUGCCCAGCCCUGAGAAGGUGCUGUCUCCAUCCUCUGUGUGCCAGGAUUUGUCCUUCCCGAAGCUUGGGCGGAUGGAGGAGGAGGCUGCGAGGAAGAGGAAGAUGCCGCGGGCCCCCCAGGCAGGCCCCGAGCUGAGGACGGAGAGCCCGGAGGACAAAUCCCCCUGUGAGAAGCUGGUGGGAGAGGCCGUUUUGAAGGGCUCCACGGUGCAGGAAGGCAGCGGGGAGGAAAAGGCCCAGAGAUCCUCCCGCAGGAGGGGCUCCAAAGCCAGCCCAGGGUGCUCUGAGGAGGAAAGACCCAGCCUGUGCCGGGAAGGUGGCCGGAGCAUGAGGGGGAACUGUGACCUGGUGGUCCCUGAGCAGCCUCCCAGCAGGGAGAAGCCCUUCAAGUGCUUGGAAUGUGGGAAGAGCUUCAGGAGGAGCACCAAACUCCUCACCCACCAGCAUAUCCACACUGGGGAACGUCCCUACACAUGUGGGGAAUGUGGGAAGAGCUUCAGCCAGAGCGCCAACCUGAUGCGACACCAGAUGAUCCACACUGGGGAACGGCCCUACACAUGUACGGAAUGUGGAAAGAGCUUCCACCAGAGCUCAGCACUCCGCAUCCACCAGCACAUCCACACGGAUGAGAGGCCCUUCCGCUGCACCGACUGCGGGAAGGGCUUUAAGCGGAAUUCCACCCUUGUCACCCACUGGUGCAUCCACACUGGAGAGAGGCCCUACACAUGUGGGGAAUGUGGGAAGAGGUUUCAGACCAGGUCAGCUCUCCUCCAGCAUGAGCGGACGCACAUGGAUGAGAGGCCCUUCAGCUGCGCUGACUGCGGGAAGGGCUUCAAGCACAAUUCCCACCUUGUCACCUUCACCCACCAGCGCAUCCACACUGGAGAGAGGCCCUACAAGUGUGGGCAGUGUGGGAAGGGCUUCAGGAAGAGCUCUGACCUGAUCCAACACCAGCAUAUCCACACUGGGGAACGACCCUACUCAUGUGGGGAAUGUGGGAAGAGCUUCAGUGACAGCUCCACCCUGAUCCAACAUCAGCGCAUCCACACUGGGGCAUGGCCCUACAGGUGUGGGGAAUGUGGGAAGAGCUUCAGAAAGACCUCCAACCUCCGCACCCACGAGUGCAUCCACACUGGGGAAUGGCCCUACUCAUGUGGGGAAUGUGGGAAGAGCUUCAGGAACAGCUCCAACCUCUGCAGACACCAUCGCAUCCACACUGGGGAAUGGCCCUACAAGUGCUCGGAAUGUAGGAAGAGGUUUCAGACAAGCUCAGAUCUCCUGAAGCACCAGCAGACACACAUGGAUGAAAGGCCCUUCCGCUGCACCGACUGCAGGAAGGGCUUCAAGUACAACUCCCACCUCAUCGUCCACCAGCUCAUCCACACUGGGGAACGGCCCUACAAGUGCUUGGAAUGUGGGAAGAGGUUUCAGACCAGCUCAGAUCUCCUGAAGCACCAGCGGACGCACACGGAUGAGAGGUCCUUCCGCUGCACCGACUGCGUGAAGGGCUUCAACCGGAACUCCCACCUCGUCACCCACCGACGCAUCCACACCGGGGAGAGGCCCUACAAGUGUGGGGAGUGUGGAAAGAGCUUCCCCAGGAACUCUGCCUUGACCAGACACCAACGGACCCACCAGUAAGGGCACCCUACGAGUGCCCCGACUGCGAGAAGAGCUUCGGCCGCUGCUUCCACCCCGAAUGAAGCCCCUGAUGGUGAGGCAACCCCUGGAGUCCAGUGACUGUCAGUCCAUCCCUUUCUACC